AUGCCGACGGAAAUACAGACAAACUUGUGUAAAUUACGGGAACUAGACAUCAAACUGCAAGUACUCGAGAAGCACACCGACAGACUCAUCGACGAGUACUUGAAAAACAAAUUUCCAAGCGAGGCGAAGAAGAAGGAGCGUCUUCGCUACAUCGAAAGCUUGCACGCGAAGGCCAAUCGCUACGCCGAGAACAAAGUCAAAUUAUCAUACGAGACUUACGAACUCGUCGAUAAGAAUAUCAAGAGGCUGGACUUGUGUAUGGCGAGAUUCGAGAACGAAAUCGAGCAGAAUGCGGCGAUCAUCGCUAUGGCACCGAUUCACCAUUACGAUGCCAAAAGCAUUUCGGCAACGAGUGAAAGGCAGGAGAAACAAAUGGAAAGACUCAAUCAGAAAAUGAGUAGCAUUAGUUGCUUGAGCGGCAAUGACAGAGGCAGCGUCUCGAGCACUAGUAACUGCAGCACCAGCAGUAACGACAGCAGCAGCAGCAGCAGCAGCAGCAGCAGCAGCGAAAGCAGCAGUGGCACCACUGGCACCGACAUUACCAGCACCAGCAGCAGCGAAAUAAGCAGUAGCACUAGCAGCAACAGCAGCAUCAGCGACGACAGGAGUAACACAAACAGUUGCUCAAGCGGCAUCCGCGGCAAAAACAGCAGCAAAACCAGCACGGACAGCGGUCGUGGGAGUCGCAAGGCCGACUCAAAGAAAGGGAGAAAACAAAGCCGUCGGGCGAUUAAGAAACGCAAGAAGGGAACGGCGAACGCGAGCAGCGGCGAGGAUCGCCCCACCAAGACAAAGCUGAAGAAGCAAGCAUUGGCCGCGCCAAGGUCAGAGCUUCUCAACGUUAAAAGUGGCCUGCCCGACGACAUGUACCACAUGCCCAUCGACCCCCACGAGCCGCUCUAUUGCGUAUGCCGCCAGGUGUCCUAUGGUGAGAUGAUCGCCUGCGACGAUCCGGAGUGCCUAAUCGAAUGGUUCCACUUUCCAUGUGUGGGUCUUAAAAUCGCCCCGAGAGGAGAAUGGUAUUGUGAAGAAUGCAUUCGAAACCGGAAUAAGCUAAACUGA